AUGCAUGUGCUUGCGGCGGUGGUAUUAACAGCCUUCGCCGCCGCGGCAUCGACGUGCGCGGCCGCCGGCGCAAACAAGCCACUGCUGGUGGAGAACCUGCCCGCCUCCGCCGAGGCGAAGGAUUUCAUCCGCGCCGGCUGCAACGAGACCUGCAUCAGGAGGCCGGAUGCCGCCAGGGCGUGCUACGAGCUCCUGCUCCCGUACGCCGCGUCCAUCAACAGCAGCUACAACAGGGCCUCCCUCGCCAUCACCACCGUCAUGGUGUCCAAGCUCACGGACCUCGCCAAGGACCUGCGCUCGUUCGGCGAGGCCGGCAAACUGGAAGGGUGCAUCAGGAUGCUUGACGAGACCGUCGCCGGGGCCAGGGAUCAGGUGCUGCCGGCGCUCGACCGCAUAGGCGCCAUCGCCGACGACAAGCUGAAAGCCAAGGACCCGGGCUUUCUCCUCGUUUGGAGCUGGUUCGUUGGCGUCGACAACAACUUCGUCAAGUGCUGGGAUGGUGGCCUCAAGCGCAUCAUGGAUCGGGUCCCCAGCUCCAUCGUGGCGGACCACUCCGAAUAUGCCGCCGCUGCUAUUAUCUUCAGGCCCAGGCUCAAGUGGGCUCCUCAAUCUCCAGACGGAGAAAACCCAUAG